AUGACCGAGUUUGAGGCGACGAAAUGCCGCCUCUGCGAGAAGAUCGAAACCAAGUUCCGGCGGCGAAGCGCCGAGAUGGAACGGCUGAACCGAUGGAAACGCGAAGGGGCCAAUCUUGUGGCGUCCAUGGACAAAUCGCAGACUAUCAUCAUGGAGCUGGAAAAGGAAAUUUACCAGCUUCAGAGAGAGCGCGAGGACCGACGAAGAGCGUUGUCUUGA